GCUCAAGCCGGCAAGAGGUAUUGGUCGUAAAAGUAUGUGCCGCUACCAAGGACUUCGAAGGAGUUGCCAAGGUGGUGUUUGAUCAGUUCUGGAUCCUACAAAAGACAGCCUACAAUGCCUAUCCCGACGAGGAAGGCUACGGUGAAUAUGAUGAAUAUCUAGAAGAAUGGUAUGAAGAAGAUGCACCAUGUGUAGGGCGAUUAGGUGGGAUUGAAGAACAUACCACAGAACAGCACAUGCCAGAUGCUGGUAACCCUACUGAAGCAUACGACUUCCAUGAAGAGAUUGAUGAGUACAACGCAACAGCCUUAAAUGCCCUUGUGGAUUUAGGGGAGGGAGAGACUGAGGGUGACAAGAGCAUUGGAGAAGCCAUCCAGCUUCAGCUGGCAGCCUUUGUAGCCUUUGGCCAAGUGAAAGGAAGGGGCGAAGGCAAACCAAAAGGCAAACGAAAAGUCAUGCGUCUCUUGGGGAUCAAGGAGAAGACGUUUUGGGAGAUCUUGCAUGACCAUCCAGACUACUUUGCAUGGACGCAGAAGAACGCAAAGAGUCCAGGAGCCUCAGAGUUUGCCGAGUGGGUGAAUCAACACUUUGAAUACCGGGGGACUGUUGUGUAUCGUAGGUGGAGCAACCGACAGCCUGUUUUGAAUGGCGUCACUGUGUUGCAGAUUGAUUGCCGCCACUUUCAUGAUCCUGACAACGACAGGAACCUCAGAGGCAGAAGUGUUGGGAUCGCAAUUUUCCUGUAUCACUUCUUUGUCGCCUCGGAGUGGAGGAGCCCUAAGCUGAUUCAUUUUCACAGCCCGGAGUGGAGUGAGAUGAGUUGCAGUGGUCGCUGUGAGGCCACCAUCUUCAGCACCAGCUUCAUCAAGCACAGUGACUACUUCGGCAGCGCCAAGACCUGUGCUCACUCCAGCUCGCCACCUGACCGUGAAGCGGCAGGCAGUGACUUGACUAUGGAGGUGUUGGCGAAUCAGGCCCAUGAGCUCUCAGGAUUGGUUUGGCAGGAAGAUCCCCGUCGGAUCGGCGAUCUAGGAGUAGAAGUGGUCGAGGCAUCCCUACCUGUCUAUGGGGAAGAUCGCCGACAACAGCUGGAAAGGGAGAUCUAUGCCUUGCUACAUGGUGAUGAUGGGGCCCCCUACUACCUGCCGGCGGAAGAGCAACAGAUGAUGGGGAUCAGAGUCGACAUUCGGGUCCGAAGUCACAUCCGGAACACCGGGAUCAAUGGAGGGAAAUGGAUGAAGCAGCGGAACUGGGUGAAGCCCGCCUUCUUCAGACCCAGGGACACCCAUGGAGCCCUCAAAGCAGCGGCCCUAGCGGCAUUGGUUCUUGGCAUUGCGGCUCCUGGAAAUCUCACUUGGUGGAUGCUUUUGAGCACAGGUGUUGGGACAGAUGACUGCGACAGCGCCCGGGGAAUAGCACUCAAAAUGCCCUCGAGCCCUUCAACAAGAAAGAGGGAUACGCUGGAGUAUGGAGAGGUGGAUGUUGUCCUGGCUUUCGCUGGCAAGGAGGGCAGCAUGGUCAAAAUAGACCACAAGGACCUCAAGGACCACAAGGUUUUUGGCCUGGAUGUGGAGGGCAACAACAACAAGUACCUCCAGGAGGACCUCAAGGCUUUCAUCCAGGACUACAAGGGCAAGCUCCGGCACAGCAAAGCAUGUCGUUGGACCUUGGGCCAGUGA